AUGGUUUCGGAUACUAAAUUUCCCGAACUUCAAUGUAAUAUUGAAGUAUAUAAUACGCCGUUUAGCAUACCAAUUCCACAUAAUUCCAAUCAUACAAAUUCCAAUGAAUAUUCAAAGGCUUUAAUUGUUAAAAAUAAUUUAGAACCUGAAUGCGCAAAAUUUGAUGAAAACUUUAAUAAAAAAAUUAAUGGAGAGAUUGAUUUAAAUAAAUUAUUAAUUAUGUUAAAGGAUGUAUCGUAUGAUUAUGAAUAUUUGGAUCAUCCAGCGGAUGUUAUACUCUUGGGACAGGGAAAAUCAAUUAAGGAAGCGUUAGAAUCCAUUUCCAUUUCUUUGUUUAAUUACAUUUCAGAUUUAUCAUACGUCGAACCCAAACAUCUGAAAACUUUAGAAAUUACCGGAAAAGGAUUAAUUAAACUUUUAUAUCACUUUCUAGACGAAUGCUUAUAUUUAUACAGCAGUGAAUAUUUCAUUGCCAAAUAUGUUCUAAUCGAUGAUAUCAAGAGUAAAAUCAUCGAGAACGGAGAUAUAAUCAACGGGAACAAAGAUAUAAUCAAUGGGAACAAAGAUAUAAUCAAUGGGAACGGAGAUAUAAUCAACGGGAAAGAAAUUGAUGAUAAUGUGGAGAAUGAAUAUGUUAUAAGAGUAAUAGUGUUGGGAGAUUAUUAUAACAAAAAUAAGCAUAAGUGUGGAACUGAAAUAAAGGCAAUAACUAUGCAUCAUCUGAGCUUUAAAUUAUGGACUGAAGAUCGAGUCUACGAAUUCAAAGAUAUGGACCCAAAUAAUGAAUUUUUAACAGAGUUAAAUGAUUCUAAAAUUAUAAAAUGCAAAGCAUUUGCACUGGUUGAUAUAUAA